AUGGGAUCAUGUCAACCUAUAUUGCAAAAUGACAUGUACCCACAUACUGCAUUUGGAAGACAACGACGUCGAUUUCAAAGCUCAUGGUACAACCAAUUCUCUUGGCUAGAGUAUUCAAUUUCAAAAGAUGCAGCUUUUUGUUUUCCAUGCUUUAUUCUUGAAAAGGAUACAUCUACACAACAUGCAUUUACCAUCGAUGGUUUUAGAAGCUGGAAAAGAGUUAAUGAUGCAAAAAGAUGCUCUUUCUUGGUACAUGUUGGAGCCCCUAACUCACCUCAUAAAAAUGCAAUGAAUACUCUUCAUGAUUUGUCAAAAGUUACCGGAUACAUUGAUAGAGUAAUUAAUGCUCAAACUUCUGAAGAAAUAAAGAAAAAUAGAUUGCGCCUAACUGCAACUAUUGAGAGUUUACGUUGGCUAAGUUUGCAGGUAUGCUAUGUGAAGCAUUUUUUUGAUAUUGUGAAUAUGGCUGACACAACUCCACCAACACUAAAAACGGAAUUAUCUGAUGCUCUCACACGUGCUUCUUCUAAACGCCAGGCAGGGUUACAGGCUGCUCAAGAUACUGAGAUUGCUCUAUCCGUGGCUAAUGGAGAACGUGAGACUGGUACGGGUAUUAAUCAGACAGGAACUUUACAACGAGCUGGAACUACCAGGUGGGGAUCUCACUUUAAUUCUAUUUGUAGCCCAAUUGAUAUGUAUGGUGCAGUAAUUACAGUGUUAAAAAACAUUAAUGCUGAUAAUGUUGCUUCUAAUUCUAUGCGUGAAGAAGCCAGGGGUUCAUUAACGGUGAUGAAAUCAUUCAAGUUUUUGUUCAUACUGUACCUAAUGCAUAAGAUUAUGGGGAUCACAUAUAUGCUUUGUAGGGCCUUACGGAAUAAAUCAAUUCACAUCUUAAACGCCAUGGAUUUAGUAGGGACAACCAAAGAAUUGGUUCAAACUUUAAGAGAUAAUGGCUUCGAUUCUGUUCUUUGUUGUGUGAAAUCAACUUGUGAAAAAUUUGACAUUGAUAUACCAAAUCUGAGUGCCCGUUACAUGGAUGAUAGUCGUUCUGUACGUAAAAAGGAUGACGUCUCAGUUGAGCAUUAUUAUCGUUGUGAUGUAUUUUACCAUGCUAUUGAUUUUCACUUGGAAGAGUUGCACACAAGAUUCAAUGAUGAUGCGGUAGAAAUUUUAAAAUUCAGUUCAGCUUUAGAACCAAAAAACAAUUAUAAGUUGUUUGAUAUUGAUCGCAUUUGCACUUUAGCUACUACAUAUUAUCCAGUUGAUUUUGAUCAACAAAACAUGUAUUAUUUACUCCUCCAACUACAACACUACAAAAUUGAUGUAAUUAAUCAUGAGAAGUUUCAGCAUUUAUCGACAAUUUCUAAGUUAUGUCAAAAGCUAGUUGAGACAACAAAGACGGAAUAG